AUUUGUGAGAAAACGCGAAGCUGUUGCAGAACCACGGUCUGUCAUGGUGCAGUGGUGAAUUAUUUUGCAUUUAUGAACCAGAAUGGCCUCCUUUGGCUGGAAGCGUAAGGUGGGGGAGAGAGUUUCCAAGCAGACGGUACAGCAGUUUGAGCAGGACUCGGAGCAGGCGGAUGAGGAUGAAGUUGAGCGAGAGGGAGUUGACUGGCUGCAUGUGAUCAAACGGAAACGAGAGGUGCUGCUGGAGGACUGCGCUGCUAAAAGCAAGAGACUAAAGGAAGAAGGAGCCCUGCUUGCUGAACAGGACAGGAACUGGGAGGCAUUGAAGAAGUGGGACGAGGCAGUUCAGCUCACACCAGAGGAUGCCGUGUUGUAUGAGAUGAAGUCCCAGGUGUUGAUCACCCUUGGAGAGGUGUUUCUGGCAGUGCAGUCUGCAGAGAUGGCCACCAGACUCCGCCCCAUUUGGUGGGAGGCGUGGCAAACCCUGGGCCGUGCUCAGCUAAGUCUUGGAGAAGUGGAACUAGCUGUACGGUCUUUCCAAGUGGCGCUGCACCUGCAUCCGUCUGAGCGUCCUCUCUGGGAGGAAGACCUCAACUGGGCUUUAAAGCUCCGAGAGAACCAGCAAUCUCUCCGUGAAAAAGCGUCCCAGGUAGAUGAAGCCCGAAGGCUCCUUGUGGAAGCUCCCGAGUUAAAAGGCGAUUAUGAUUUUGAAAGCGAUGAAGUGAUUGAGGCUUGCUCCGCCAUGGCUGAUAGGCAGAAGCAAUAUGAGGACUUGAAGAAAAAGGCUGUAGUUGUGGAUGCACACGGGGAGGCCAAAGAGAUGCUUGUUGAAGGGGAUGACAAUCCAACUUCCUCCUCACAGAGUGUUUUAAUCAAAGCACGAGGACUCUAAGGGAAAUGGAAGCUGUUUUUGUGUCGUCUCCUCAUUGUAUAUUAUCCCAUAUGAUUUAUUUAAAUGGAAAGUUCACCCAAAAAUGAAAACAUACUCACCCUCUCAAGUGGAUCCUACUGUAACAUUUAUGAGUUUCCUUUUGAAGAUAUGAGAUAUUUUAAAGAAUGCCUUUUCAUAGGUGGAAAAACAAAUACUAUAGAGGUCAGUUGCUACAUACAGUACUCAACAUUCGAAGUGAAUCAAAAACGUUUUUCAAAAUUGUCCUAGCACAGAAAUGUGUGCUGUUUAAUAGUUUUAGGACAACUUUGGUGAAAUGUGGUGAUCCACUUCAAAUGUUGAUUGCUGUUUAUCAAAAUAAAAUUUAAAUGACUGUGCUGUUUAAUAAAGUUCUCAUUCCUAGAAAAUUUGUACAGUACACUGAAAAAAUAUGUCUGCAAAAUAGUUGCAAACAGUUUAUAUGGGUUAUAAUUAGUAUAAUGUUUAACUUAAUUAGUAUGUUUAAAUCCAAGGAAUCAUCUAUGAAUAUUUUUGAAUAAUUUUUUUCAGUUUAAGCACCAGAUUUUCAAGAUAAUCAAGUUCGUUGAAAUCACUUUCAUUUCUCCAGCAGGAAUAUAAACUCAUUUCUUUUACUGAAGCAUUUUGUGGUUAUUGGAUUUAGUUUUGAUGGUGCUAUCCAUUGGUUUUUUUAAGAUAUCAAAAUGGCAAAGCAAUCUCUACUUAAUGUGCCACCUUGAUUAGAAAUGCCAUCUAUCCCAAUCAGCUUUGUCUCCAUGUGAGAUGUGUGUUCUCUAGGAAUGUACUAAAAUAAAAAAUCUGGGUUGAGGCU